GACUUUGGACAAGGCUUCCUGGUCCCUGCCAACGUUUCCAUUGAUGACUAUGAUUCUACUCCCAUGAUCUCACUGUCUCAUCUCAACCUGCGCGAUCUUGAAACCUUGGAGGAGCCCCUCGCUCCCGAGUUGGGCAACACCACUAACUUCGAUCUCGACACCCGCGCACCCAAGGAGACCAAAGUAUUCUUUGGCAAGACUCAAGUUGAUUACGGCUGCGACGCCUCCAUCAGAAAGCCUCUCGGCGAGGCCAUCCACUCCAUCUGCGGAAAUGGAGACUGCGACAAGAGCGUCGUGUACACCCGCAAGGUCGCCCAUAUGGUGAAUGGCAAGCGCAGAAAAGAAGCCUGGCUCCGUAUCUCAGUCAGAGGCGAGUACUACGGACGUCAUACACGAGGUUACAUGGUCUCAGCCGUUGAGAAUACAGUCAACCCCAAGACUGCGAAACCAGCAAUGCGAUACUAUCUCCCGACAAACCCAAACUUCCAGGCUCAGAGUUGUAAGAUGUCCAAAUUUAGCAACUACAUCAAGAUGCGCAAGAACUUUGGCGACGCGAUCUAUAUGGAGAUAGACGUCACUCUCCAGACCAGUAACUCGCACUGUUUCACACCAAAUGUUCUUGAAGAGGUUGCUGGCGCGCUUGGAGGUGUCGGUGGUUCCUUUUUUGGAUAUGUUGUUACUUCC